AUGCGAGCGGAGCGCUCGACAAGAAGCAGAGCGGACGCACCGGCGAGACGGAAUCGGACCCGCGCCGACCCGGAGGACCCCUUCAUCAGCAUGACUCGUGCUCGUCUUCUCGCUCUGACCGUCGUUUUGCGCUUAUGCGCGGCCGGCUGGCCGCCGCUACCUCAAUCGGACCUUCCCCCGGGUGCCCGGCAGGGGGCGGACUUGCCUGGCUGCGCCUCCUGCCAACUGAGGAAAAACUCCAGCGACGUGGUGGACGCCGUCAAGCGCCACAUCCUCAACGUGUUGCACCUGAGCUCGCGGCCUAACCUGACGCGGACGCUCCCUCGCGCCGCGCUCCUCAACGCCAUCCGGAAAGUUAACGUGGGCCGCGUGGCCGGCGAUGGCAGCGUGGACGUCCAGGCCGACGAUGCCGACCCCGAGGCCCCCGCUGUCGCUGAGGUCAUCGCCUUUGCUGAACCAGGAGAGGCCGGGAACACCUUGACCUUCGACCUUUCAAAGGAAGCCGGCAAAUCGGCACUGGUGGAACGCGCCGAGCUCUGGAUCUUUCUCAAAUCGUCGCGUUCCAAUCGCGGGAAAAGCAAAGUGAAACUGCAGCUUCAUGCUGGCGCCGUUGCGGCAGCGGAGAAGACUGUGGAGGCGCGUCGCAGUGGUUGGCACGCGCUAGCGGCACCGCGUUGCGUUCAGGCCUCGCUGGACCGAGCCGACGGUCCGCUAAGGUUGCGGCUGUCAUGCCCGCUUUGCGCUAAUGCUGGCGCCGCGCUAGCACUGCCUUCCGCCGACGGCGACCAAUCGCAUCGGCCCUUCCUGACGGUGGCGCUGCGGGCCAGAGAGGAAACGACUCGACGGCGAUCCGCCCGGAGUUUGGACUGCGACGGAAAAACGCGCUCGUGCUGCAAACAACAUUUUUACGUCAGUUUCAAAGACAUCGGUUGGAGCGACUGGAUCAUCGCGCCGUCCGGUUACCGCGCCAACUACUGUGAGGGGGACUGUCCCAACCGCACGGCCGGCGGCGGCUCCGCACUCUCCUUCCACGCCGCCGUCAUCGACCAAUACCGCAUGAGGGGUUACGGACCCUUCCAAAACAUCAAGUCGUGCUGCGUGCCCACGCGGCUGCGCGCCAUGUCCAUGCUUUACUUUGACGACGAACAGAUGAUUGUCAAAAAAGACAUACACGAUAUGAUCGUGGAGCAGUGCGGCUGUUCCUGA